AUGGGAGCCCAGAGUUCCCAUACCUUCCUUGUUCCUGACCUGGAGGAGCUCAUGACUGAAACCGGCUUUUCCCAAACGACGAUGACGCGUCUUUACCAACGCUUCCAGGCCUUGGAUAAGGAUGAAAAAGGCUACCUCAGCAAAGAUGACCUGCAAGGCCUUGGAGAGCUAGCUGUCAAUCCCAUUGGGGACCGGAUCGUCAACGCAUUCUUCCAAGACGGGAGAGAGACGACUGACUUCCGAAUGUUUGUCCACGUUCUGGCCCACUUCCGGCCCGUGGAGGGAACGGAAGGUUCAGAGAAUAUAAACAGCCGACUUAGCAAGCUAAAGUUUGCUUUUCAGCUCUAUGAUCAAGACAAGGAUGGAAAGAUCUCACGAGGUGAACUGCUACAGGUGUUGAGAAUGAUGAUCGGGAUCCAGGUGACAGAUGAGCAACUGGAGAGCAUCACGGACCGAACCAUCCAAGAGGCUGAUCACGAUGGAGACGACGCCAUCUCUUUUGAAGAGUUCUCCAAGUCUGUUCAAAAGCUGAACAUUGAACAAAAGAUGAGUCUCCGCAUCCUGAAAUGAGCUCCU